UCCACGGAGGAGACGGAGUGACAAGUUCAGCUCGUGGGACUGUGGGGGUCACGCAGGGUCUGGCCUCCACCGCCGCCGCGAUGUCGACUUCGGAGAGCGACAGCGACUCGAGCGGGUGGACUCUGCUGAGCCGCGAGGGCCUGGACGAGGGGUGCGUGGGUGCCGAGUGGAGCCGCCGGCGCGGCCCCUGCGGCGGCCCCCAGGGAGACGGCGCUAAGACGGCGCCGCGCGGUGCCGCCCUGGGGGGGUUCCUGGAAGGGAAACUCCGGGAGGCGUCGGGAGCCGGGGGUGAGGGCCCUGAGGGGGUGGGGGAACCCGGAGUCCCCGACGAGGCCACGUGCACGGUGGAGCCACCCGCCAGACCUGAAGAGGUGAAGGAGGAGGUGAACGAGAUAGCGGAGGAGGUGGGCAGCAAGACAAGUGAACCAAUGGACAAGGUGUUGAAGAGGGUGGAAGAAGAGGGAGCCAACGUGAGCGAGGAGGUGAAGAUGAGCGAGGAGGUGAGAGACGAGAUAGAUGAGGCGAGGGAUGAAGUCGGUGGCAAUAUGAGGGAGGAGGUGAGUGAUGAGAUGGAGGAAGUGAGUGGGGAGGUGAGACGGGGGUUGAGCGAGAAGGCGAGUGAGAUGGUGAGAGAGGCAGUGAGUGAGGAGGUCGGCGAGGAGUUCAGCGGGGAGGAGAGAGGUGAGGUGAGUGAGGGGGUGGGAGGGGAGGUGAUGGAGGAGGUGGAGGUGAGAAGGGAGGUGAGCAUGGAGGUAAUGAAGGAGGUGUGUGGGGAAGUGAACCAGGAGGUGACACGGGAGGUGAGCAGAAGCGACAACAAUGACCUCUUCGCGCUGGAUCCCUCUGCGCUCGACGACGUUCCGGGUCCUCGCGCUUCCCCUGAGGCGCCCGUGGAGAUGCCCGACUCCGCAGUUCCGUCACCCUCGGCAGGCCUGCAGGACCCCCCUGCUCCCCGCUCCUCCCACCCCAAGGCAUCUGCGGAGCCUGGCACGCGGGCGGGCAGCGAGGAUGCCCUCGUGGGGUCCUCAAGCAUCCGUGGCUGCUUCCCGUUCCCCCUGGGGCGCGAGCGAGCCCCGUCGGGCGCCGGCUCCAGCACUGAUGAGGACCAGGAGAAGCUCGGUCGAUGUGAUGAUGAUGAAAUCAGGAGCGGUCCGAUGGUGCCCAGGCUGCGCCGACGCCUCGCCCGCCGGCAACUCCCCACCGCGCUGGCCGACGGCACCGCACCUGGCACCGGGGGCACCGUGCCUGGCACGGACGCGUCGUUGACGGUGCUGGUGCCCGCCCUCGCGCUCAUCGUGGUGCUGGGCCUGGUGGUCGCGAGCAACCACGUGGCGAGCGGGAGGCAGAGGGCGCUGGUGCAGGAGAACGAGCGGCUCGGGACAACCGAGCGCCAGCUGCAGGCCGAGGGGAUCGCCAUGGCCAGGCGUUGGGAGGCCGAGCGUGGGGCCCUGUCCCAGGAGAACGCCGCGUUGCGAGCGACGCUGGCCCAGCUACGACAAGAGGCCGGGCGAUCCACUGCGGCGGCGAAGCAGGAGGGCCCCGGGGCCGCCACCGCGCAGGGGCAGGAGGCCGCACGGGCGGCGGCGCGGGAGCUUGCGGCCGAGGGCCGCCGGCUGCAGGCCGAGGUUCGCCGGCUCCACCGGGAGCUGCGGGAGGAGCGUGCGGCCUCCGCGACCACCCGCGGAGAGCGCGACGCGGCGGCCGUGGCGCUGGAGGCCGAGGGGCGGCGCUCGCACCUGUGGGAGCGGCUCUACGUGGAGGCGCGCGACGCGGCCGCCGAGCACGGGAAGAGGAAGCAGGAGGAGGGGGAGGUGCGAGGGCCCGACCCCCGCCACCGGCUCUACGAGGACGCCAAGAACUCGACGAGGAAGCGCGCAGAGCGUGGGGCCGGGCAGGCGGAGUCCGACGCAAGCCGGAGCCGCGGCUGGGGAGGCCACGCGACCGCGGGGGCCGGGAGCGAGGCGAGGGCCGAGGCGCGGCAAGGGGACGGCCGGCGGGGGCAGGGGCAGGGGCAAGGUCAGGGGCAGGGCAGCAGGCGGAGAGGGGAAGAGCGGCUGAAGAUGAAGGGGAGGGACUGGCGGGGCCCCGAGGAGUACGGGGCCCAGAGGGCGCAUCCCCCACAGGGGCAGGGCCACAGCACGAAGCACAACGAGCAGCACAACCGGUGUCACGAGCAGCACAAGCAGCAGAGCUACAGGGCGUGGCACGGGAAGCCACGGCGCCACUGCGACCUGCACGUGGCCGAAGUGGAUAUAGAGCUCGGGCCCCUGCCCUUUGGCCCCAAGUGUUGACCCUGCAUCUCUGACAAUUGGCACAGACCUCCCCAUGCCUUCCCAUACCUCUCCCCCCGUCCACCCAGGUCUUUCUACAUCCCACAUUGCUUCACGCAGCCCUUCACUGCUUCCCCGCGCUUCCCUUAAGUCUCGUCCAGUUUUCUCACGACUCUGUUCCAGCACUUCCCUGCUUCCCUCAGAUUUUGUAGUGCCUUCAUUUGCCACCCACGGCCUCCCCCAGUCUCACUUUUUCCCUGCCACCCCCCCCCCAACCCCUCACGUUCCCCGUGCCUCCUUCAUCCCUCUCUCUCCCCUUGUCCUGCCCUUUUAUUCACUACCCCCGUCCUCCUAUUGUCUCCCCAUGCCUGCCGUAUCCUCGCCCUGCUUUCCCUCUGAUCUAUCCCUCUGCCUCCCCCCCCCCCGAACGCCUUCCUGAAAACGUAGAUGUUAUGUUAUCUUGUUUGAAGUGUUGUUGUAAUUGCUGUUUUGGGUGUUUGGUUAGCGUGAAUGAGUAUCUGCACCCACUGGGAUUCUACCCCCCACCCCACCCCAUAUGAAUUGGACAAUUGUUUCAUGUUGUGGUUUAAAGUAUGUUUCACGGACAACGUGCUCGAGAAGUGCCAUCAACGCUGCCUGCGGAAGAUCCUUCGAAUCCAGUCCGAAUACAGACGCACCGACACGAGUGCGUCCUCUCCCACACAAACACCACGAGCGUCGAGUACGAAACUAAACUUUUUUUUUACCAGGUAAGGCCCCCACUGAACUCUAUAGCUCUUUUUCAGAAGCGAUCUGGCCACAAUUGAUAGCGCAACGAAGUGGCUUAUCACGUGUAAAUUUAUAGCAUCCCAAUACUCUCAAACGCGUGUUUAUACACGUGGAGGGAAAAACCGCAGCACCCGGACAAGUAUCCACACGACCACGGAGAGAACAGGCAAACUCCAAAUAUACAGGUGCUAGGGUUAGGAGGGAUCGAACCCACGACCUGCUGCAUGAUUGGGGAGGGAGUUAACAUCUCGCCACCUGGGCGUCCCACAUCAACUUUGUGUUUCGUCGCCGCAGCACGGCGCUGGCGUUCCCCGCGCGCAUUCGAAAUAUCUCCUGCACGGUAUCUGCAGCCUGUGCCGCCCUCUAAAAGGAUCAGUGUUUUGUUUAACCAGGUGACACCUCGGAGAGACCAACCAAGGUGAGUCGCAAUUGCAAGUCCGACCCACGUGUUGAGAACUGCUGGUUCGCAUCAUCCGACUCGCUCUCACAAUCUGCACGCAACUCGUGCCGAUGCAACUACAAGCAAACUUGUUUUGUAACUUUAACGAAUGCGAAAUUAAAAGUUUAACCAUUUGAAUUUCACGAACGUAAAAUGCUAAUUAUUUUUGACUGCAAAAGGUGCAACUGUGCUCAAUGGAUAUGGAUAAAUCCUUCCCGUGAUGCCGUGUGGCUCUCCCCUAGUCGGACAUUGUGAGAUAUUCCUCUUUCACUUCCUCC